GAAUGCUUGAACUUCUUGCUCCAGCUGUUGAAGAGGCCGCGGAGCGACUCGCUGCCGAGCAUUGUGAUUAUGCAGGUACUACUCCUUCAGAAGAUUCAUAAGAACUACUGUUUGCUUAUUAAAUGUAACGAUAUUCAAUAAUUCGCUCGCGCUUUCUGCUCUUUCACUUUUACUUUCAUCACCGGGUCUUUCCCUUUCAUCCCUGCUGCUAAAUUUUUCUUACUCCACCCACUUCUCAGGGCGCCUUCGAGUACCUCUUCGAAUUAGGCAGUGAUGUCGAAAGUGUCAGCAGUGACGAGGGGUAUGCAGAAAUUCUUGCUUUACUCCUGCAGUCCAAGCGCGGCGGAAAGUAUGUCCGGGAAGCGGAACUGACUCCCCGAUUGUGGCAGCUCUACGCCACGCACUUCAAGCAUCAAUUGGAACAGGAAAAGGAAGCUCCUGAAGAUUUCCACCUACUCGAAACCAAGGGAGAGCUUUUACGCAGAAGAUGGAGAUCGUGUGAGAAAUUAGUCGACGUCGUGUUAGUCUUUCUGCGUGGUGGCGGAGGCGCUGGAGCAGGAAGAGGAGGAGGAGGUUAUAGUUAUGGUCAACAUGUUCAUGUUGAUUUAGUGUUCAUGGUCAACAUGAUUUAGUGUCCAUCAUUCUCGGCAUCUUGGUCAACCUUUUCCCUUGUAUUCUCGUGAAGAAAUACAAGGUAAAAGGAGUCAAGCGAUGAGGGGGCCGAGAUGCAAUCUAGCAGACUCUAAUAUAGAGGGACCUUGGAUGAGGCCGAAUUGGAGGGGAAUUUGAAGGCGUUUUUGCGCAUUCCAUUUGUGCUGCAGAACAUCGUCGAGUCGUU